CCGAGUUUUGGAAGUAGGAGAAUAAUCGAAACGGUUUCUCGGAACUUUCGAUUCCGCGGUUCCUUCACGCGGAAAUCGAAAGCUUCCGAUAUAGACUAUCCAAAUCUCGGAUGAAAAGUCGGAGAUUUGGAUUUACUCCGUGAAAUUCGUUUGUAGAAUCUUUCUUUGUUCUCUCUGUCGCGUUCUUUCGAUUCGAUGGGAACUCCUAUGUUUCCCAAUCUCGGCCAGCAUUGCAGCGUCGACGAUUGUAAGCAAAUUGAUUUCUUGCCGUUUACCUGCGAUCGAUGCAAACAGGUGUUCUGUUUAGAGCACAGAAGUUAUGGCAAACACUGCUGUCCAAAUGCUGACAGGCAGGAUGUCACUGUUGUCAUCUGCCCUCUCUGUGCUAAAGGAGUUCGCCUAGUCCCUGAUGAAGAUCCAAACAUCACUUGGGAGUCACAUGUUAACACUGAUUGUGACCCAUCGAACUAUGAGAGGGCAACAAAGAAGAAAAAAUGCCCUGUCCCUGGUUGCAGAGAGCCUUUGACAUUUUCAAACACGAUCAGAUGCAAGGACUGCACCAUUGAGCACUGCUUGAAGCAUCGAUUUGGACCUGAUCACAAGUGUCCUGGACCCAAGAAACUUGAUGCUGGGUUCCCAUUUAUGGGUCUUUUGAGGAAAAGUCAAAAAGAGGAUUCUAGAGCCAACCGCAGUGCAUCUGCAUCAUCAUCGAAGUGGGCAACAAGCUUUCUCAACGCAGCCUCAAGUGUUCGAGCUUCUGCUGAAGCAGGAAUGGCGAAGUUGAGCAUUGCAACUAGCCAAGCAUUGCAGAUGGCAAAGGAUGGAAUUGGGCCAAGCAGCAGUGGCAGUAAUGGACAAGUGGAGGAGUGCCCUCAGUGUCAGGCAAAGUUCACCUCUGUUACAGCUCUGGUGGAGCAUGUGGAGAGAGUCCAUGAAAAAGGAGGCAACCGAGCUGGAAUUAAGAAGGUUACAAUUGAUGUUUGCCCCAAAUGUAGUAGAGGGUUUCGAGAUCCAGUAUCCCUGGUAGAGCACGUUGAGAGAGAUCAUGGUGGCACUUCUAAAGCAUGAAGCAAAAUGUAUCAAUUAUACAUCAUUAAUGAGAUUCACAUAUACAUUCAUCAUGAAAUGCCUUGUACUUUUACCUGUAUUCUUCCAUUGUUUCAAGGGCAACUUGAUAAUAUGUUGGAUACUUUUUGAGCUUUCAAGCAAAUUUUAUCAUGUUUUUCUGGACAAGUCACAAUUUGCCGAAGUUAUUAAUUACAGAUAAAGCUAAGUAGCUUUUUGAUA